AUGGAUCAAAGUGAAGAAUUCUCUGUGGCCACGGAAGAACAAGCCAGGAUGAAUGAUUUCAAUAACUCCUGUAAAGAGAGGACUUUGGAUGAAAAAUAUAUUGAUUCAAUCGGAGCGAAUGGUGAUGCUCACUUGAAAGACAACAAAGAUGAAAAGCCGGAUCGAGGAGACCGUGAUAAGGACCGUGAGAAGGACCGUGAUAAGGAUCGUGACAAGGACCGAGAGGAUCGUGAAAAACAUCGUGAUCGAGACAGAGAUCGUGAUCGUAAGCGACAUAAGAGGAGUCGGACACGUAGUCGCAGUCGAAGUAAAGAACGUGAUCGUGAACGCCGUCGGUCGCGAGAGCGUGAGUCGAGAGAUCGUGACCGUGACCGAGAACGUGAUCGUGCUUCUCGUAGUGAACCGAAGAAGAAGUACCGAUUCUGGGAUAUACCUCCAGUUGGGUUUGAACAUCUCACGCCAAAGGAGUAUAAAGCUCAGCAGGCUACUGGAGCCAUCCCUCGUUCAAACAUGCAAGCUGCGGUGCCAGUAGUCGGCCCAUCGGUUACUUGUCAAUCUCGUCGUCUAUACGUUGGUAACAUUCCCUUUGGAUGCAAUGAAGAGGCCAUGUUAGAUUUCUUUAAUCAGCAGAUGCACCUUUGCGGCCUGGCACAAGCUCCAGGUAAUCCAGUGCUGGCUUGUCAAAUAAAUUUGGAUAAAAACUUCGCAUUCAUCGAGUUUCGCUCGAUAGAUGAAACGACGGCUGGAAUGGCGUUCGAUGGAAUAAAUUUCAUGGGACAACAGUUGAAAAUCCGCCGUCCUCGUGAUUAUCAGCCCAUCAGCGCAAGCUUUGAUAUGGCUUCACGGAUGCCAGUGUCGAAUAUCGUUGUUGAUUCACCGAAUAAAAUCUUCAUUGGUGGUUUGCCGAACUAUCUCAAUGAGGAGCAGGUGAAAGAGCUGCUGUGCUCGUUCGGACAGCUUAAGGCGUUUAACCUUGUUGUCGACUCGAACGGAACCUCUAAAGGAUUCGCUUUCGCGGAGUACCUCGAUACAACGUUAACGGAUCAGGCUAUCGCUGGUCUUAAUGGAAUGCAACUUGGAGACAAACAGCUCGUUGUACAAUUGGCUUGUGCUAACGCGCGAAAUGCACAGCCUAUGCCACACUCUGCCACGUCUAUUGCUGGUAUUGAUUUAUCACAAGGUGCUGGGGUGCCAACUGAAAUAUUGUGUUUGAUGAAUAUGGUGGUUGAAGAUGAGUUAAAAGAUGACGAAGAAUACGAAGAUAUCCUGGAAGAUAUUCGAGAGGAGUGCUCUAAAUACGGCAUUGUUCGGUCACUGGAAGUACCUCGACCUAUUCCUGGUGUAGAAGUUGCUGGGAUUGGAAAGGUCUUUGUCGAGUUUGCGACUUGUGCUGAUUGCCAGAAAGCACAAGCAGCGCUUACUGGUCGUAAGUUCGCCAACCGAACCGUCGUAACGUCUUAUUAUGAUGUGGACAGAUACCAUCAGAGACAGUUUUAA